AACAUGAGGGUGGCGGCGCCGUCACCCAGCCACCGUAGCCACGCUCGCACGCACCGGGAGGCCUCACUGAUUUCUUUUGAGCUGUGACCAAAUUCCAUGUGUUUUAGGUCCCUUCCAUCCCAAAAGCCAUGAAGAUCUGGACGUCGGAACACGUAUUUAGCCAUCCUUGGGAAACGGUAACUCAAGCAGUGUGGAGAAAAUACCCCAACCCACACAACCCAGCAGUCGUUGGCACAGAUGUUGUCGAGCGACAAGUUGUCAAUGGCAUCUUACAUACACACAGACUCAUCAGUUCUCGGUGGGGCCUUCCGUCAUGGGCACAGACGAUUCUAGGUGCUGACCGAGUUUGUUAUGGUUAUGAACAUUCAGAAGUUAAUCCAGAAGAAAAAACCAUGACGAUGAGAACAAGAAAUCUAACAUUUUCCAACACGGUAAGCAUGGAUGAGCGCAUGAUAUACUCUCCUGACCCCAUAGACAAUGAAAAGACCAUCUUAAGGCAAGAGACUAUUAUUACUGUAAAAGGAGUCCCACUCACCUCCUACAUGGAGAACUAUCUUCUGAAUAGCAUUUCUACAAACUCUUUCAAGGGCCGUGAUGCAAUGGAAUUCGUUAUCUCCAAAAUCAACAGAGAAGUCGAAGAACUUAUGUCCACCUAUAAGCGUAGUACAAAUGAAAUAUUCUCUCAUACUAAACGUUCCAUUGAGGAAAUCACAGAAUCAGCUCUUCGUUCUGUUGAUGACAUAUCUUUAGUGGCAAAGAAAUCAGUUGAUGAAUUGUCAGAUGUUGCUAAGAAAUCAAUUGAUGACUUUUCAUCUGCAGCCAAGAAGGGAAUUGGUAGCUUCACUCAGCCAACAGGAUCCAUGCCAAGAAUAUGAUAGCAAGAGAUAUCUAGGAUUUAUUUCAAUUGUAGUAUAAAAGUUUCUGGUUCUGAAGACAGUGAAGUGUCUGAAAAGAAAAAGGAAGUAAAAAAUAGGCGUUAGUAAAUACUAUAGCCUUUGUGGAACAGUACAGGUUGAUUGAAGGGAAUAUUAAUAGUACAUUAAUGUAUAGUGUAUUAUUACUGUUUAGGCUGUUAAUGAAAUGCUCAUUAUACAAGAAGAUUUUAUAAUUUAUAAACCAAAUUCUCUCGAAUGUAAUGUACCCAGUAACAAAUGGGGUUUCUUCAUGUUGAAGAUAUGCUUUAUUAUACCCUUAACUGGAAUUUCUGGGUGGUAAGUGAUGUAAAGAUAUGGAGUAUUGGGAUUGACAAAAUUAUGUUGCUUAUUACAUUAUCGUGUUCCUGUACUUGUUACCAUGGGAUUUAAUAUGUAAAUAACAAGCUUGCAUUAGAGAGGCAUUAAGCAGGGUAAGUGACAGGCUUGUUGUACUGGAGAGAGAAAUGUUUUGUGACAGAGAGAAGAUUCCAUGUAAGGUGGUUCAUAUUCUCUUAGGGUCCAUUCACAUGAAGUAUUCAGCACUGUCAUUUGCAGCAUUUAAGUUAAUCCCAGACCAGGCCAUAAAUUGUGGUUAUAAGCCUUAAUAUUUUAAUUUAUUCAGUAAAUAUUUCAUUUAUAUUUAUAAAAUAUUCCAGUUGAUAUUAAGGUACAAAAUUUUUAGAGUUCUGUAGCUAAAAUUGUUGAAAGUAUGCAAUGUUAAUUGUGUACUGUACCUUGGAUUGCAUUUUGUGAAUUUUGCUAUUAACUUCCUUGAAAUUAACAGCUAUUUUUUACAUGAUAAGUGCUGAUAUUCUCCAUCUACUUUUUCCACUACCUAAAGGAUAUUUGAUGUAGUUUUUGAGUUUAUCACACACAAUUAUCUAUUUUUUGUGUUAUUAGUCCCGAGAAGUUCAGUACAAUGCUCAGAGUAUCAUGUGCACACAUAUAUAGAUGCUCCACUUGUUCAGGAAGAUUUGUUAGUUGUUAAGACACCCAGUAAUUUUAAAUCAAUUAAAGGCAUGGCUCAAGCACAUUUAAUUGCUUCAUUUAUGUGAUAGCCAGAUUAGCAUGUAGAGUUACAAACAAUGUUUCAGGUGUGCCUUCUAAAGUUUUAACACUUGAAGACAUUUGAAAUGUUGGAAUCUGCAUAUUGCCACUGCCUAGGAUGGGGAGUUCCCAGAGGAAUCCCUUCAUUGGGAGGAUGGGGAAUGCCUUGAUCCUUGAUGCUGGUGAAAGGAUCUCACUAUUAAGGAAUUGGAACUACCCUCCCCUUGAAUCAAACCUGAUUACCUCUCAUUUCCUAGGCACUGUAUGACCUCUAGGGGUUUAGUGCUUCCCCUUGAAUAUAAUUAUCCUAGAGGGAGCAAGACAUCUAAGAUAUUACUGUAUAUUUGUAUAAAUAAGCAGUUUUGUGAAAUGAAAGUUGGAAUGUAAGAGCACAUACAUUUGCCAUAUGUUGUACAUAGGAAAAGUAGGGUCCACCUCUUAGUGUGAUUACUGUACUUUUACAUGUGAUAAGUUAUGAGCAUGAACCCAAGGAUGUACAGUGCAUCCUAUUGCCAGCAGUAUUGAAAACUUAUAAGCCAAAUAAAAUGUAUAUCAUAAAUUAUCAUUUAUGCUGCAGUUCCACUUCAUUGAAUGUUUUUAUUCGUGCAAGAUUUUGUAUAGUAUUUAUUUUAUUAAAAAAUUGUUUUGCUUAUUUAAAAGGUGUCAGCAAUGAGCACAGCAGAAAUAUUAAAUGGAUUUUAUUUACUGUACUA